UGGCUGUGCUUGGUUUUCUAUCAGAUGUAAAAUGGACGGGCGGUCGUGCCGUGCGCUCGCUUGUAACGCGUGUUCGUUAUAAAAUCGAUGUUUAUUUUGACGUGAAUACGAAUAUUGUUUACGCGAUAGUUCGACUUCUCCGGUAUUCGGUUACCGGAGGAGAUAGUGUUGUGUUUGUGUUUUUGAUUUUGACUAGCGUUCACUUGAUCGCUUCACAGUUCACUUAGUGAUUUCCCUGAUAGCUCACUCACCGGUGGGUGCGUGAUAAACUAUACGUGUAUAAAAAUAAGGCGAAUACUCGUCUGGUGUGAGUGUUUUACUAUACCACGAUGCUGUUUACGGUGACAUAGUGAACGUUGAAUUGACCCUGACCUCUGACAACCAUGUCUGGGCGAUCGGAUUGCAGGAAAUUUGCACCAAACAUCUUCAACAAGAGCAAAUGCACUAAUUGCUUCCGGCAGAAGGAGGAACAUAGUGCUGAGGCUUUGGAAUCCAAUCGGGCCAGCAGAAAGAUAUCAAAAUGCGGAUAUCUGUUCGUGGCGCCGGGCUGGGACUUCUCCAAUCCGCUCUACAGGACAAAGAGAUGGCAGCGGAGGUGGUUCGUUUUGUACGACGACGGAGAACUGACGUACUCCCUAGACGAACAUCCUGACACAGUCCCGCAAGCCAGCGUGGAUAUGACGACGGUCCUGGAGGUCAGCGACGCGGACAGCGUGACGGGCCACCCCCACAGCCUGGCCAUCACGGCGCCGGAGCGUGUCACCUUCGUCAAGGGCACCUGCAGGGAGGAGGCCCGCUGGUGGGCUGACGUGCUCAGCGUGUAUCCUAGGAGCAAGGGUCGACACAAACGGAAUGCGACUUUUCCUGGAGGUCAAACGGCGAGCUUGUUGCAGUCAUCGACAACGAGAAAAUACUCCGCAGACGCGUCGACGCUGCGCGACGCGGCGGAGUGCAGCGCGCGGCCGCGGUUCUGUGGCGGCACGACCACGUGGCCGGGGCCCCGGGUGCAGCCCCCGCAGCCGGAGAUCGCCAGUCUAGCUGCCCCCACCAACAUCGACACCAAAGUGUACACCGACCAGCCUGUGUCGUCCGCAUCUCCGCCGACGCGCGACAAGAUCAACGGGGAAGAGAAGGCGAGGUCGAGGCGCAGGGACACGUGGCCUGAGCCCAACACCACACCGUCUACUGAUGAGGCCAACGUAGUCCGCUCGCCGCUGUUGCAGCAGCAGCACCAGCAGUACGACGAGCAGCUGCGCGACAUCGCGGCGUCGCUCACCCGCCCGCGGUCGCGCCGCGCCCUGCCGCCGACACUGGAGCGCCCCACCAGGCUGCCGCCGCCUGAUCGACUGCCGGCAAGAGGAGCACCAGACGGCGGACCUCCACCCGAAGAAGGCAUAACCAGUUCGGCAAGCGAGGGCAGCGAACCAACCGACGCAGUGGAAGCGACGGAGUCCACCGAAAGCGGCAGAGUUGAACUACCGGCUGAACGACUCCUCCACGCGAGAGCUGGUUGGCUUCAAAGACGAAGCCCUAGCGGUUGGUCUCGACACUGGUUCGUCCUUCGCGGUGCAGCUUUGUUGUACUUCAGGGAUCCUCACGCAGAGCACAGGGGUCUCAUGGAUGGUGUGAUAGACCUUAGUGGGAUUUCAAGAGUUAUAGAAAUGCCAGGGUCAGCCAAUGGAUAUGCUUUUGAAACUGAGACUUGGGAUGGCAAGCACAUAGUUUUGUCAGCUGUUACGGCGGGGAUAAGAGCCAACUGGGUCUCAGCUAUGCGAAGAACGGCCGGUUUACCUGACUCUGGGCCUCUGUCUCUUAUUUUACGAGAAGACUCUAUAGAUCAAGUAUCAGAAUCAUCCACAUCGCCAAUCACACCCAUCACACCAAAUACCGGUAAAUCAGGACCAUUCUCAUCAGAUGAAGAGUAUAGAACAGCAUCCGAAGGAGGCCGCAGGGAUAGUGCAGACUGGGGAGACGUCAGUAAUCAGCCACCGCCUUCUCCUAUUCUUAAUCGUACUCCUAUAUCCAAAGUCAAAGAAAAGGUUCGCGCUAGAGCAUGCCUCCAACCACAAACUAAACCCGAUUUAAAAGUCGAUAAAGAUGAAAUCGAUUCUACCAAAGAAAAAGAAAACCUCCCGCUAGAAGAAGUCGAUGAAAACGAAAAAACAAAUGAACCGAGAAAACGUAGCUAUAUUUCUACCAUUGACAAACAAACGAUCGAAAUCGAAGAUUUGCGAAAGCAGCUUAAAUUAGCAUUGAACGAUGUUAAUGCAGCUGAAUCCGAACUUGCGAGGCUACGAAAACUAAAAUCUGAAGCUGUUACCAGAGAAAAGAAAAUGGAAGAACUGGUAAUAACAUUACAAAAGAAAGAAGAGGAACUGUCAAUCAGAACAAAAGAAGCUGAAAACUUAGAUACGAUAAAACAACUUUAUAAUCAAGAUAAAAAUAUGUGGGAAACGAAAUUGACAGAAACGCAAAACUUCUUAAAAGAAUCCACCGAGCACUGUGAACUGCUGACGCGGCAGCUGACUACGGCACAAGAAGCAAUAAAGCAGUUGCAGAAAGAAUUAAACGAAUUAAAUGAAAAACUUUUGAAGAGUAUCAGAGAAAACGAUAGCUUGUACUCAAGAAUUAGAGAACUCGAAAGUAAAGUCGUCGUAGAAUCACCGACCAGAGAAAAGAGGAAAAGCAUUGGGUCAAUGAGUGAUCUUAGUAAUAUAAACCAAGACUUGAAUUUAGAGUCUUUAGAGAAAAAUAGACUGAUCGAAGAGUACGUAGAAUUAAGAAACAGAUUUUUAAAGGCUAUUCACGAAAUAAAGGCUAUGAAAAGAGAACUUCGAGACUCACACAACGUGUACGAUGAGCUCGAGGUCACCAAUACUAAGUUAAGAAAUGAGAUGAAGCUGAGGGAACAAUGUAGUCAAUCUGAAAUAGAUCUAAUGGCGGCUCGCAUCUUGGAUUUAACUCAGAAACUUACCGCAUCAGAUAAACAAGUACGAACGUUAAAACACAAAAUUCAGAAAACGGAAUCUAGAGAAAAGCGGCGCAGUUUGUCAUUAAAAGGAAGGGAAUCAUUCACGCUAGGCAAGGAAGUCGAAGAGAAAUUAACAGAAUUAGAAAAUAAAAUUACUCUUUUGGAAACAGGAGAAACAGUGCCUACUAUUAAUUCUCCUUCUAAAAGCACUUCGCCUGUAAAAGAAAAAGUAUCUAAAACGGAUGGAUCGACGGACGAGAAAAGAAUGAAGAGGCUAGCUGCGAGGCUGAGGAGGAAAUCUUUAGACAGUGCUACAAGUUCAGAGCCCAUGAAAAUGCUAGUCCGAUUAAGUUCGCUCGAAACUAAAGUAGUUUCCGCACUAGAAAGCCGCCGUGAUUUAGCUAUAUCGUGUGAGUCUUUGAGUCCAGCGACGAGAUCUAGCGAGAGUCCGUCCAGUAACGACAGCCCGGAGAGCUCCUCGAUAGGAACACAAUCGCAGCGACAUCUCUUAGACAGGCUCCAGAGCCUCGAGAACGUCGUCAUUCAUUCAAGAAACAAAGUCAACGAAUGUUUAUGUCAAAUGAGCGCAAUGCGAGCGGCCAAGUCGAGGCGGUCCCCCUCUCCGAGUCUGGAGAAGAAAUAUAGCAUCAAGGCAAUGGAAAAAUGUUUGAUGGACGUAAGCAAGAGAUUGCAAGAAUCCUUUGAUAAGUGCGUGAUAGACUCCACCGAGCGGAACUCCGACGACGAGAUCGACGACGGCGUCGCGCAGGUCGUCGCGCAGCUGGAAGAGCAGCUGACGGCGAAACUGCUUGAGAUAUCCAAGAGGAAGGCCGCGCUGUACGAGGCGGGCGAGCUGACGCAGAGGAAGAGUUUAGAGAUCCUGGCGGAGAAGCUGGCCUACGAGGCGGUGCUCGUGGGCAGGAUACAGGAGGCUCUGGAAUCCUCCGACGGGAGCAGAUUCUUCGCUAGAUUGAUAAAGUCUGAAAUAAUCGAAACUAGUCAAUUAAUAGAUAACCUUAAGUCUAAGAUUAACGGCGACAACAAGACGACGUCCGUCACCAAGAGCUCCCUCGACUACCUCGCGAGGAUCCUCUCGCGCAAGAUCGACGCGUCGAGCGGCCGCGAGUCCGGCGCCCGGCGCGCCGAGGCGAUCGUGCAGAGCGCCGACCUCGACGCUCUGCUGGCCAAGCAGCGGGAGGUGGGCGAGGCCGUCGAGACGUACAAGCGGGAGAAGCUCGGCGAGCUGUGCGCCGCGCUGGCGGCCGAGACGCUCAGCCAGGCCGCCGCCGGCGACGACGGCGCGGAGGCGGCGCGCGUGCGCGAGGCGUGGGCGGCGGCGCGCGACGCGCUUGGCGCCGAGCUGGUGCAGGCGGAGGUGGCGCGCGCGCUGGCCCGCGCCGCGCAGCUGUGCGAGGACAGCCUGGAGGACGCGCGGCGCGCGCGCCUCACGCUGGACGCGCAGCGCCGCGCCGACCUGGACCUGUGGUGGCAGGCGGCGCACGACCACCUGCGCUGCGAGAUGGACGCCGCCGUGCGCGACAUCGCGGCGCAGUACCGCGCGCUGCCGCCGCGCGCGCCAGGCGCCGCGCCGCCGCUCGACAGCCGCGCGCUGCUGGCGCAGCUGGCCGACGUGCUGGCGCGCAAGGCGCUGGUGGACGCGCGCGUGGCCGUGCUGCGCGGCACGCACCGCGCCGCCGACGACGCGCCGCGCCGCGCCGAGGACGCCAUCUCCUCGCUGGAGACCGACCCCGACAGCGAGGCGGAGUUCGUCUUCCUCUUCCAGCACUUCUCGACCGAGUGCCGAGCGCUCUUCUCCAGUGACUGUUCGGGCAACAGUGAAGACUCGAUGAAGAUCGGCGAGAGCCUCGAGCGCGUGGAGGCGGCGGUGGAGGCGGCGCGGCGCCGGCUCGCGCCCGACGCGGCCGAGGAGCCGGCGCGCGGCGGCGACGCGGCGGCGCGCCUGGAGGCGCUUCGGCGGCGCGUGGAGGCGCUGCAGUGCCCGCAGUGCGCGCGCCUGCAGGAGGCGCUGGAGCGGCUGUCGGCGGAGCGCUCGCGCUCGGAGUGCGCGCUGUCGCAGCAGGCGGCGGCGCUGGCGGCGGCGCGGCGCGCGCGCGCACAGCUGCAGGCGCAGCACGAGCGCGAGCGCGUGGCGCUGCGCGAGCGGGCGCGCACGCUGCAGCGCCGCCUCGCCGCGCUCGACUCGGAGUACUCGGCGCAGCUGGACAGUCUCCGAGCCGCUUAUCAGAGCGCGGUGGCGGCGGACACGCACGGCGACGGGCUGCGCGCGCGCUACCAGCAGGAGAUCGAGCAGCUGCGCGCGCUGUGCGAGAAGGGGCUGCUGGCCAUGGAGAGCUCGCACCGCCGCAUCGUGCGCGAGAUGGAGGACAAGCACCGCGCCGAGCGCGACCAGCUCAGGCUGGAGAAGGAGCAGGCGCUAGCGGAGGAGACGCGCGCCACGCUGGCGGCGCUGGACGCCAUGCGCAAGGCGCACGAGAGCGAGGUGCGGCGCGAGGUGGACAAGUUCAAGGCGGAGUUCCUGGCGCGCGGCGCGCCCGAGCUGGGACAGCUGAGCUCGAGGCACCAACAAGAGAUGGAGGAGAUCAAGCGCGAGAUCCUGUCGCUGUCGGAGAAGUACUCGGUGAAGUGCGUGGAGUCAGCAGCGUUAGAGGAGCGGUUGGCUGCCGCCAGCGCGCAGCUGGCGCACGCGCACAACCACAUCAUGCAGCUGGACGCCAGAAACAAACAGCUCCGCGCGCACAUAAUGUCGGAAGCGAAUGAGAUGAAGUACUCCGAGGCAUCGACGCUCGCGCAACUCAUCGAGGACUCGCCGCCGGGCAAGUCGUCGCGGUCGAGCCCGCUGGAGCGGUCGCGCGCGCCGCCCUCGCCCUUCGCCAGCCCGGAGACCACCAGAAGCCUGCAGAUGUCUCCCGUACAGAACUAAAAGCAAGUCAACGCUGUUCCAACAUCCGCGCCGGGACACUGGCGGGCGUGGUCGCUGAACGCAAGAAGAUGUUCGAGACAUAACAACUCGGACCAACACCGACAUAAUAUAACCAUCGUCUCCACCUCACACUGACCGACGCUGGUCGCAUAUUGUUUGCGAAUGUCCCACUCGCGUGCACUUAUGACACUGGUCUCAUGAACAGUGUACUGAUUGUGUUAUUAUCGUAAUAAUAAUGCAAAUUUUGUAUACUUUUGUCAUAGGAUCAUAAUUAUUUUGAAGAGCGCAUGAAAUAACGCAUGUUGAGUUUAUGUAAUUUGUAUCUUCUCAACUCUAACGCAAAGGUAUGAAAAGUAAUUAAAAAUAUGUUUAUAGGAGUAAUAUGCGAGACUCACUCCUAAGUUAAUCGGAGUGUCGGAAUUAUUGAUACGUUUUCUUGGUUUUCGCAAUAUAUUACGACAUCUAGAGUGCGACUUGCUCAAUUAGUAGCUAACUUCAUACUGAGGUGGCAUCGUAAAAUGUAGGUAUGUUGAGAUUUACACUGCGUUCGAAUGUUACAGUUUUUACUACCAUGAUUUCUAGUGGAUCUUUUUUUGAAAAGUUCUCAUUAAAUCGUAGAAAUGAACGCAGUGAUGAAGCGUUUAUACAUAACGAUAUCGGACAAGAUAUGUCGGAUCGGUGUAAACGCCCCACGCAACGAGUCACAAGAACGCCCCCCACCACGCUAGCACCUGGCCACUUUGCUUGAUUACAUUGUCAAAUGUGUCUUUUAUCAUCUUAUACCGACAAAAAUAUCGGAUUUAAGGUAUACGAAAAUAUUCAAAAUGUUUUUUUUAAUUAAUUUGAUUUUAUAGCAUAAAAAUCACUAAAAGUUAAAUUCAAGUGAUUUCCAAGUUAUUUUUAAAAUUUAGUUUUUUGUAAGAAUAGAAGGUCGCCUCUUAAAACAAAAACUUAUAUUGUUUAACCGUGUAAUGAAAACGUUAAAUAAUAAUAAAAUUAAACCAUUUUUAUAAAAAUUAUAUUAAUAAAAUAUAACAUAUAUACGGCUAUAAAAUAACUAUGUUAGAUUUAAAAUUUAUGAACUUAGUUAGUUCAUGAGUAGACUUUGGACAGAUUUUUCAUUACUUGUUAUUAAUAUAUUGAGAAAGUGUUUUAAGUCUAAAUAUUUAUAUUUAAGUUAUUAAUCUAAGACAAAACGAGACUUCCUUUACGAGAAGUGGCCAGAACCUUUAACUCCCACCCACCAUAAAAAGUGUAUAUAACUUUGUUUGAUUUGUUUUUUUUUAUUACUUAAUUUUAAUUAACUAUAGAGUGUAUAUUACUUUCGAAGCUAUUUUUCUUCCCCCUAUUAAUUUUUUGGAGUUAUGCUUCCAUAUUGUGAUUGGACUUGCGAUUGUAAAAUGAAGUCAAAUCUAAAGUCCUUUCAAUGAGAGUGUCUUAUAAAUUUAAAACUUUAUAACUUAUGUAAAUCAUUUUUGCAAUUUUUGUUAGUUGUUUUUACAGUAAUGCAAUUGGACAAAAGCUUAUUUACCUUGUAGAAUUUUAUGACAGCAUAAUUCUACAAAAUGGUUUCAAAAAGUCAAUAGAUCGCCUCUUCUAAUUUAGCCGUAGAUUUGGGUUAGUGAUGUAUCAAUUUUGUAAAAUUGUAACAUUGUGUAAAUACUCGGGGUCCGCUCUACUGUAACCAGUUGUUUGUCCAUUUUAUCUUAUAAGGAGUUUGUUACCAAAUAUUUCUUAUUUAUGAGUUUUUUUGACAUUUCGCGUUUUCCGCGUGAUUUAUUCGGGGGACACGGCUGUGUUGUUUCGGAAUGUAUUUUUAUUAGAACUAUGAAAAAAAAAAUGCAAUUAAAUUUUUUUUAAAAGGCGAUUUUUCUGUAUAAACUUUUAUUUAUUUCUAUUUCGUUUCUAUUUUUUAUGAGUUUAGAUAUAUGCUCAGCCAUGGCAUAUUAAAAAUUAAAAAAAAAAUAAGUUUUUUUUAAAAAAGGAUAACGACAUGGCUGUGUCACCCUUUAGUUUUUAACAUCCCCUGUUUAUUAUUUUUGUAGAUUUAUAAUACAUAGAUUUAUAUACUUACAUUUAUGUAUUCGGAUAUGGGAGAUAUUAUGUAUUCGUGUUAAUAAAUUUAAAUGCAUGCCAAGAACUUAUUACAAAAUAUUUUUUUCCUUUAAUCGUUUAGAUACUAUUUUGAUGAGAUUGUUUUGUAAUAGGUGCGAGCUUAGAAGCAUAUUAUAUUUGUUUUAUUUUAUUUAACAUUUAACACGUUUUUUAGAGAGUUUAGUUUGACAUCACCCUGUGUUUCAUUAUAGUGGCAUACCACACUCGGCUAUAUACAUUUAUACAGGAUGUUUGACAAUCGUUAUCAAAUUUCUUAAUUUGACAAUAGCUGCAAAACAUUUUACUUCAUCUACUGAACACCCUGUAUAUCGAUAAUACGAAACGUCCGAGUGUGGGGCGCCGCGCAUCACUGUGUGCGUUUGUUACCAUAUUUUCCGUACUGGGCAUUUGCGUUGUCUUCCACUGGAACAUUUCACUUUGUUAUGUAUAGUUAUCACCCCACGACUGCCGAACUAAAUGACACCAUCUCCGAGAAUUUCGAGAAUAGUAAGAAAUAAAAAAAAAAUAGUGUAGAUAUCCGAUGUGGCAAAUCUCGUGUACCAGAAUUGUUUGGCAGAUGUGUUUCUAUGUGGCUGACUGAUAAUUGUGUAAUGGUAAAUGAAUAAUUGUAUACAUAUAAUAUGCACAUUUUCCGGAUAAAUAUUUCCAAUUAAUCUUAUGUGAAAUUUAACUAAGAAAUUUAUAUUUAUUGGUGAGUUUCGAUAAAGUACCUAUUAUUCUUACCAUUACACAAAUACCUCUAAGUAUGAUACUAUUCCUUAUCUAUCGUGUUACUAUCUCCCUCUCUUGUAGUUGACGUUGUAAAGUGUUGGUUUAUAUAACAAAGAUUUUUAAAAUAAACUACUUAAUACAAAAUAA